AUGUCAUCGAGACACUUCAUCCACGACCCGACACACCUCGUCAACACCGCGCUGCUCAGCAUCCCUCAGACGAACCCAUCCGUACAAUGCGACAUCAACAACAAGAUCGUCUACCGCAAGAAUGGCGCAUCGCAAGUCAGCAUAGUUUCCGGAGGUGGUAGUGGUCACGAACCCUCAUUCGCAUCCUUUGUCGGCGCGGGCCUUUUAUCCGGAGCAGUCGCAGGUACCAUCUUCGCUUCGCCAAGUGCAGAGCAGGUGCGAAGAUGUAUCUUGCAUCGCAUUCAAAAAGACAAGGGCGUCCUCGUGAUUGUAAUGAACUACACUGGCGAUGUGCUGAACUUCGGCAUGGCGGUGGAGAAAGCGCGCGUUGCUGGUAUUGAAGUCGACAUGGUGGUGGUCGGCGACGAUGCGGGUGUAGGGCGCGCAAAGGGAGGAAAAGUCGGGCGCAGAGGUAUUGCCGGAACAGUGCUGGUUCAAAAGAUUGCUGGAGCGCUCGCUGCUAAAGGAGCGAGUCUCAAAGACGUAACGCAGAUGGCCCAGCUCGUUGCAGACAACACCGUCUCGAUCGGCUCUUCACUGGCUCACGUCCACGUGCCAGGUCGCCGAGAGGCAGAGGAAGACGAGCUGGCUGAAGGCCUAGUCGAGAUUGGAAUGGGCAUCCACAAUGAAGCCGGUUCAGAGCGCAAGAAGAUCGAUUUACCUGGUCUUGUAAAGACGAUGCUGUCGCACUGCUUGGACGUCGCCGAUCAGGACCGAAGCUUCUCCAAGAUCACCGACAAGGACGACGUGGUGCUACUGGUCAAUAACCUGGGAGGUGUCAGUCCACUCGAGCUAAGCGGGAUCACGAACGAAGUCGUCGAGCAACUCGCAGACAGCUUCAAGAUCAAGCCAGUACGUAUUCUAGCUGGCACCUUCAUGACCAGUUUGAACGGACUGGGCUUCUCCAUCAGCUUGCUUAGAGUCGCGGACGCUUCCAUGCUCGAGCUGCUCGAUGCGCCUGCUGAGGCAAGUGGCUGGUCUGCGGCGAUUAGUAGCAGCACAUGGGCGAGACGCGGCGAAGCGAAGAAAAGCGAGGAGCAGGUAGACGAAGAGGACAUCCAGCCAAGUGAUCUGAGAGUCAACUAUGCUCAGGCCAAGUCAACCUUGACAGUUGCGCUGAACAGACUCAUCAAGGCUGAGCCAGACGUCACCCGAUAUGACACAAUAGUUGGAGAUGGCGACUGCGGAAUCGGACUCAAGCGCGGCGCAGAAGCAAUUCUCAAGAUGCUCGAAACGGCAAAGGAGACAGAUGAUCUGCUGAUCCUCAUGAAUCACAUCAUUCAAGUGGUGGAACUGGCUAUGGACGGCACGUCAGGUGCAAUCUACGCCAUCUUCUUGAAUGCGCUGGCGCAUGGAUUGCGACAAAACGCGCCCUCGUCGCCACAGCCUGUCACACCCGCAAUCUGGGCCAAGGCCCUUGACUCAUCGCUCAAGGCACUGGGCAAAUACACUCCUGCCAAACCCGGUGACCGAACGCUGAUGGAUGCCCUCUAUCCGUUCGUUGAGACGCUGUCUAAGACGGAAAGUAUCGACAAAGCGGCUGCGGCGGCACAAGGUGGCGCGCAAGGGACGAAGGGUAUGAAAGCGAGCUUGGGGCGAACGGUCUACGUUGGAGGCGAGGGUUUCCAAGAGGUUCCAGACCCUGGCGCGCAUGGCCUCGCGGAGCUCCUACUGGGCCUGAGUGACGGUUUGAAGAAGUAG